UCCAAGAUACCCCCUUUCUAUCAUCUUUCUCACAUCAGUCAAGAUGCAGCUCAGCCUUGUGUCCAUCCUUGCUGCGGCCUCUGCCGUCUCGGCCAGCACCAUCCCCGAGCACGCUCGCCGUGCCACUGCCAUCUCGGUCACCCCGCAUGACCGUUACUCCUCCUCGGUCGGUGUCCUUGGUUGCAAGAUCAACACCAACCGUGUUGCCUACUGGCCCUCUUCCGUCUCCUGCGACAAGCUUUGCGUCAGGGUCACUGCCAACGGCCGCUCCGUCACCCUUCUCAAGGUCGACCAGUCUGGCGGCGCCUACGACAUUUCCUACGAUGCUUGGAACUACCUCGUCACGGGCAGGGGCGCCAAGGAGAACCCCGUCUACGGUGGCGGCAUCAGCGCUACCUAUGAGGACGUCCCCAUGUCCGAGUGCUCCAGCCUGCUCAGCGGCGCGGGCGGCAAGCUUCCCCUGACCGCAGCCAACUCCAUGAACUACGUCUCCAGCUGCGGCAGCAACACCUGGGCCGGCAAGAACUACGCCCUGUUCAACAUCCUCGACCCCGUCUGCAAGUGGGGAUACGACGAGCAGUGCACCCUGCCUCCGCCCUCGGUCAGCAACCAGCCUAGCUGCCCGCACCAGCUUGGUGUUCCCGUCGCCUUUACAGGCAAGGGCGUUUACAACAUUGACUACGGCACGGGCAAGGAGUCGCUUGCUUAAGCGAUUACAGCACUCCUGGCCGGUCACGACUCCACGAUCCAAUCUCGCCCACAAACGUCAAACCUUGAGCAUGAUAUGCCUCUUCUUCUUCUUCCUCGACUUCUUCGUUUCCGUCACCAUCCUUCUCUUCUUGCACACCCCGUCCUGUCCAUGGAAGACGGCGGCGUGCUGAGACACAACACGACAAAGUUCGGGCUUCAGCCCUUCUGUCUCUUUCCAGCUUCCCUUCGAGCACAUUUCUGCAUAUACAAACGAAAUGGCCUGUUCACUCUCGCACAGUUCUCCUUUCCCUCUACCGAUAUGCCAUUUACCUCACUCGCUUCAGUCUCCCAGAUCUAUAGAAUAUAGAG